AUGGCUACCAAGUACCAUGCAAGGUCAAUAAGCUUACCUUCUAGAUCACAUCCCAGUACUCUGAAGGUUGAGGAGGAGUUGAAGAAGGAUUUGUAUGACUCCAUUGACGAGCUUCUCAAAAUGGGGUCUACCCAGAAGGUUUUGUCUUGUCCCCAACACAAAGAGUUGGUGGAUGAGUUGUUGGAUGGUUCUAUGAAGCUUUUGGAUGUUUGCAGCUUAGCAAAGGACAUGACAUUGGAAACCCAACAACAUGUUGGGGCUCUUUACUCUGCUGUUCGCCGGAGGAAAGGCGAUUCCGCUAUUAGAACCACCACUGCUGCUUACACUUGUUACAGAAAAAGGAUGAAAAAAGAAGCUAAAAAGUUAAUAACAUCAAUGAAGAAGAUGAAUGAGAAAUUCAAUUCAUUCUCGAUGGAAUAUCAAGAUCAUCACCUGAGUUCUGUGAUUGGUGCGUUAAGACAAGCUUGUUCAACCAACAGCUCCAUCUUCGAAUCCGUGUUGUUGUACUUGGCGCCAUUGACGAAGUCUAAAGCUCGAGGAUGGUCUCUGGUUUCCAAAUGGGCGCACAAGGGGGCGAUUGCCUGCGAAUCAAACAGUGGCUUGAACGAAUUUGAGAAUGUGGAUGUGGCUUUGAGCUUUGUUGUUGAAGAAAUGGAAGUUGAGAAGUCGCAGAUUGCUCAAAAACGAUUGGAGAGUUUGGAAAUGGCAACACAAGAAAUUGAGAGUGGUUUGGAUGGUUUGUUCAGGAGAUUGAUCAAAACAAGAGCUUCUUUGUUGAACAUAAUCUCUCAAUAA